AGAAGAAAACCGAUUCAUUCUCACUGAGAGCAGAGGUGCUAAGUUAGAAGAACUUUCCAAACCUGAAGUGCAAAAAUGACUGAAAAUGGGCAGAUGGAUACUUGAAAUUAUCCUUGAAAGUGACUAAUGAUGGAGAUGAAAGAUUGUCUCUGGUUUAAAUACUGCGUGUGUCCUUCACCCACUCUUAUUCCCUCUCCCUCUGCAGCUUCUUCAGCCCCAGAGACGUUCCACAGAGCGCUUCAUCUAAAUUCAUUUUCAUCACCUUACCUACUUUUCAACUUUGUCUUUCCUCCUUGAGAAUGUGAGUGCUGUAGUUUAAACUUUGCAAAAAACUCACCAGGGCCGUAAUGCAGCCCUGUCUCUUUCUGUGCCUUUGUUUUCCAUGCAUUUAGGAAAGUGGCUGACUACACUUAGCUUACCAGUAGUGAAGUCAUCACUUGUGAAACUGUAUUGGUAAAACAAAAACAAAGUCAUUCUAGGAACACUUGAAUAUUUUAGUUAAGAAUUGAGAAUUUUCUUGGAAAAUCAAUGUAGCGUAGGAGAAAAACCAUAAGAUUUCAGAAUUAGAAGACUUGGGUUCAAGUUGUGACUCCACCAUUUAGUAGUUUGGACAAUCAAAUAACUUUCAGGGCCUCCAUUUCUUAUUUGUAAAGUAGGGAUUAUAUUGCUACCUAAAUGAAGUAACGUGUCAUAGAAACCACCCAGCAGAAGGGUUGGCAUUGAGUAAAAACUCAAUAAAUGUUAAAUCUGACUGCCCUGCCCCACCAAAAAUUGUCAGACAACCUGAGUUUGCAUGUGUUAAAGCCUGAAAGCAAGAGCCAAAACGUAUUCUUUGUAAAAGUGGGAAUAUUCUAAUUACUUGGGGUUUUUUUUUCUUCUUUUCUGUGUCUGAGAGGAAAUUGUUCUGGCUUAUUCCCUAGCUCAGGUUUCUAGUGAGAGUGGGUAAAGAAUAUAAUCUUACCAUGGCGUAGAAAUAUAUAAUCACACAUGGCAACUUGAUUUGGAGUCUGUUUUGGUUGUUGGGUGACAUUUAUUAUGGAGAAACACUAAAGAAUUGUCUCUUGUUGCUCCGUCACAGCUACUGAACUAGAAAUGUGUCCUGCUCACAGACUGCUGCUUACCAGAGCCUUUGACUCCUCAGGGGUGGAGCAAAUGAUUUCCUUCUUGGACAGGGGCAAUCUGUGGCCAGUGUACAAGAGUUGCCAUGGCAACCCUGCAGCUGCGCUCUGCCUAGCAGAGACUCGGUAGGAUAUCGUGGAUUUUGUUCACUUAAGUGAAAAACAGGAUAUGGUAAAACAGUAAAUGCAAAUCAUGGAUGAAAUUUAUAAGAUCGCCUCCACAGAAAGGAUCCAGCAGUUAGAAAAAGAACUGGCUUUGCAACUGACUGAACUAAAGUCUGAGAUAGAAGAACAGGAGACUCAUCAAGCUUACAGCUCUAUUCGAAUGCCCAAGGACAUUUCUUACUUUCGAAGAGAAAGGGAAUUGGCUCUAAAGAAAACUUUACAGGUGGCUGAGUCAAAGCCCCUUGUUGUUCAAGCAGAUGUCAUGCAGAGGGAGCUAGAGAGCUGCCUAAGAAGAGAGUACACUCCUGAAAAUUUACCUUUGCUUCUGUUGCAGUAUUAUACAGAGAGAAUUACCCAGCUGGCCCAGAGUAAAUAUUUACACAUGCUUAGAUGGAAGAGGUUUUGCCAGCACAGUAAGAUUAUGGAGCAACUUUAUCCUCUUUACAAGAAACAAGUUGCCUACAUUAUGCAGGAAUACAAUGAUGCCCUUCAGAGAGCUGAAAGAUUGUCUGUUGCACGAGAAAACUUCCUUCUGGGAAAAAACAAUCCUUCUAACUUAGUGACACAAGAAGACCUGACUAUUUACACAAAGUGGAUUGUGUGUCACCUACACUCGCUCAGGACUGUUCACCACUACCUACGGUCCCUCCAGUAUUUGCCCAUCUCCAAAGUGCUGAGUGUAGCUAUUGAUGAAUUUCCUGAGGCUUGUCAGGAGAAUGAAAAUGUAUGUGUUGAUGACAUCGACCCUAAUAUCCAGAGUUCUGGAUCUCUAGACCCUGUGGAUACCAGCAUUUCAGGGCUGACAAGAACAGAAGCUGCUUUCUCCCUGCCCCAACACAUGACUGAAAGAGAAGGACUGAAACCCCAGCUGAGGCUCCUGCUCUCCCAUUUUAAUAUCCCAUAUGACGUGGAAGAGCUAAGGGAUGCUACUAAGGAAAUGGAACUCUUUAACCUGGUUUCCCAAAAAUUUCAAAGCAUCUUUAUGGAGCAACAGAGAAUGCAAACAUUUCCAGACUAUGAUGCGAAGAUAGCUACUAUGGAGAAUUUGGGUUUGGCAGGACCUGGUAUGGCCUUGAAAAAGAAAGCUAACUGGAUUUCCUUUAUAAAGAUUAAGCCAAAAUGUGAUCCCUGGCAAAAGAAGAUGUUGACCAAACUAAAAGAACGGAAAAGAAUUGAUGCAUUAAUGCAAGUCCAAGCAAAGUUUUUGAAGAUUUCCAGCCCUGAGCGAGUGAUGCAAGUGCUCCAAGACCACGCGGCGAAGACAGUCAUGCUGGCUCCAUCUCAUCCAGCUUUCGUGGCUUCCCAGAGUUCGCAUCAGUGCAACUAUGACAGUAUCUGGGAGGACAUUUAUAGCAACACCAACCUGUACCAGAAUGAAAAUAUGAAGGAAGAUGACCUUGCGAUGGAACAAAAUGCAAAUGACCCAGCACAAAUAAGUCUCUGCCAACAUGCUGAUAAGCCUGUCAAGCAGAAAAAAGAGAAAGGAUACAGCUAUGCAAUGGCCCUACAACUGCUCGGCUUGGACGAUGGGACUGGGACCACCGAUAGGGAUCCUGUCCUGACGAGGGGGACCUACUUGUCCUUUCUAUAUCUGCGCCACCUGCGAAUCAGGGAGCUACAGCGCGUCUGUUUAGGAAUUCUGAACUAUUUCAGAUCUGUUGAACGAACGCUGACAAUCAACACUUCAGGCCUCACCAUGGUUGCAGGGAGUCUGGUCCCCACCACAGAGGACAGUUCCCGGGUAAACAUGGCAAAAGGAGGCUUGGGCAUCUUGCAAGGCCUGGGAGCUCACCACUAUGUCCACGGGACAUCUGCUGAGCACAAGGUCCACAGCAUCCAGUUCAUGGAGUUCUCAGAAGUGGAGAACCAGGAUGACUACUACAGCAUAGACGCGGGUUACGUCUACACCCAGGACCAGCGAGGAGUGCAUGUCAUGUAUGAUGAAGCCUUGAGUGAUCUGAAGGAACUGGAGGCAGAAAUGCUGCUUGUAGCCAGCCAAUACAUUGAGAAAGAGAAAGGUCACAAAGAGGGCAGCAAGUCAAAUACUGGCCAGGACUGGGGAUGGGCCCAUGCAAGCGUGGACAGAUUUGCUGUGCUGUAUGACAUAUGGACCUGGGAAGCAGUUCUUCUAGAAAAUAAGCGCCAGCUUCUUGACAGUUACUUUGAGGCCUACCAGCACGUGUUGGACCCCGAGGAGAGGUUUGCCUUAGCACAAGUGAUCACUGACAUCAUGCACAGGUGCCCAAGGUUUGAUUUCAGCCACCCUUAUUUCAUUAAGGCCUACAAAGAUGAAUGCACCUGCCUGAGGCUUCACUUGCAGCUGGUGAGGGGCAUCCUCAAUCAGCACAUAGAGCGCCAGCGGGAGUAUGUCCAGAGGCUUUGGCAAAGAGGCCAUCCAGAUGAUAGCAGUAACUUUGGACUUCCCCUUAACAUAAUUUGCAAACAACUUAUUUCCAUCAACAAUAGCUGCCCGUCUUUGAAAAACAUGUAUCUCCUGGAGUUCCACCCUUCCCUGGGCCUGGCAUCGCUCAUCCCCCGAUCUCUUGAUCACCUUCUCCAGGAGGCCCGUCACACCUGCAGACCCACAUCAGCCAGCAGCCUCACCUUGCUGGAGAGACGCGUGCUGCAGCUGGCCCUGGAUAUGUGGCUCACACCGGCCCAGCCUGAGUCCUGGUACAGCACACGUCUCCACAAAGAUCUGUUUUCAGCUAAAGUAAUGGGAGAUCCCUUUCUCAUGGAGGAGAUAGGUCUGCUUGCACUCAAGUCCGCAGCAGACGAAGGACAGAACCAAAGCCAAGAUUCUCACAUGCUGCUCCUGGAGACAUUUUCCAAACUUCUGGAACUCGUGACCCUCCGCCACCGGCUGAUAGAAAUGAGUCUGGAGAGUGUACACUUAGCUCGUCUCUAUAAGGAACUGGCAUGGGAGAUGGGUUUUGAAGAGUACCAUUUGUAUCUGAGGCCUGUUCAUUUUGAAUUUGCAUCACACAAGGACAAAGUGGACCAUCCACCUCCUGUUUUUAUCACCUCUCUGCUGGAGGACAGUGAUCGAGUGGACAGAUAUUCUUCUACUACUCUUGUGUUAGCCAUCUCUGAGGUGGAUGAUAACCAGGUUGGCAAGUUUAGCUUUUAUACAAAGGAAGCCAUCCUUAAGCUCUUAUUCCAUUCAGGAGUGGAAAACAUGCAAGUGACCCUUGCAUGCCAAGCUGCUCAGAAAAAUGCUUUGAUGGUGGCUGUCCAACAGGCAUCCUUCUAUCACACGUCCCGAUGGGGCUGUUCUGCUGAUGUGAAGGAAACAAGUUCAGAUCUGAGAAAUCAUGGUGGAAUGGGUCCAGCCAGAAAAAGAAAUUCCAGAAUUGUGAAUGGCAUAGAAAACUUGCAGUUAGCCCCAACUCCUAAAGUUCCAGACACCCUCACUCAUCCUUCGGAAAGAUUCCAGGCUACCAAAAGGGCGCCAGAGGCUUUUGUGUCUAUUCAACUAGAAAAGGUGGGGCUGCGGGACAUGAUGCUGAACGCCUUCCUCCUCAAGAAACAAACGUUGGCUGACAGAAUGAAAAACCAUGAUGAAAUUGGUAAACUCAAGAGGGACGUUAUAGUUGAAUAUUGUCAGAAACUGAACUGCCGUAUGUCUCACUAUGCUCUUCGGGGUCAGAUCAUGGCAUACUGCAAUAGCCUGAGAGCCCUGCUGGAAGAUUUCCCUGCUAUCAGGGACACCUUUUUCAUUGUGGGGCAACCACGAGAAAAGAAAGGGUUGAGAGACUCCAAGGAGGGCCUCAAGGCUGACCCCAGGAGUUUUCAGCCCCGGCCACGAUGUUUGCUGUCUGCUGACGGGAAAGUCUUCCUCAAUUUAUGGUUCAUACCCCAUCCUUCUGAAGUGCUGGUUAUGUUCAAAACUCUGCCAGAAAAGGCAGCUUUUCAAGCCUUAAAGCUAACUCUACAGCUGAUAGCCCCUCUCCAUGAUAUUGUGGCCUACCUUUUCAGUUUUGCUAAACUUGGAAAUUGCUCAACAUGUUUUAAAUUUCCUCUAAGUGCUAACCCUUUGAAAGGUGACUGGGGAGGAACUGAGGGCAUUGGGUCUGAGCUUCAAGAACUGCAGAAAAUGAUUGACAGCCUUCAGAGCCCCCAGGACCCUGUCCACGUGUCCCAGGCACUCCUCCUUCGAAGGGAGGUUAUAUUUUUGCAGUUUGAUGCUGCGGUGCGGCACCUCAUCCGAAGAACAUUUUUGGCAACUGGAAAUGCUUCUGCCUACCAGUCUGUUACAGACGGCAUGUACCAUGGAUUGCCACCACUGAGCAACUCUCUCGUGAAGAGCAUUUUUGCUUCACAGCUCAGCGUGCCUCAGCCACUAGAUCCACAGAGCCUCCAGGCAUCUGUGCUAUUCCCUUGGAGAGCAUUUCUAGAAGAUGGAGGACUGUUUCCAGUUAUGGGUAGCAGCCCAGAUACCCUAGAGUAUAAUAUGCAGCUGUGCCUCUGUAGGCUGAGUGACCAUGAUCUGAAGGUGGCUCAUGGAGAGCUGGUGGGCAUUCAGCUGCUUUUGGAAGAUGUGCUUCUGAGCAACUAUCAUAUGAUCAUGGAGGAUCAUGGAGGAUCCCCCCAGCAAGACACACUGGACAAAAACACACAGCCAGAUUUGUCCAGAGUGCCAGGAUUCAGAAGUCAGUUCCAAAGCAGCCCCAAGGUCUCCGAGCUGCUGAGGGGCCCAUGCAACACGAUGAUGUCUCUUGCUUUCCUGAGAUCAUUUCUGGUGCUGUGGAAGCAGCUGGAAGUGCUGAAGGACCACUGGGGCCAGCUCAAACUGCAAGGCCAGGACGGCAGUUCUGUCUCCCUCCACAACCAGUUCUCAGAACUCUACGGAACUGACAUCCUCUACCCCAGCAUGAAAGCUAUAGCUAGGCGGAUGGGGAAAGAAGAUGAAUUUGAAGAUCUCAUAAUAAGUAGUCAGUCUAUUCUUCCCCCUGAAGGAGCUUCAGAAAUUGAAAUAAAAAUUCAACAGCUUCAGAAGCUUCUGGAAAAUCUUGAAAUUCAUAUGAUCCAGGAAGUAUUAAGAAAAGUUAAGAGAGAAAGAGCACUGGUUGUAUCAGAAAAGUCCAAGGACCAGGGUACUCUCCCUACAGACCUUUGGAAGCACCAUGUCAUGAAAGAAAACUUUUCAGUUAUCAGACCACAAAUAGUUGAAAAAUUUGUACAGAGAUUAAUGGAAAAUUACCAGGAUGGUGGACUAGAGAUCACUUUCAGGAAAGAGCACCUUGAGGCCUGCCUCCUUUCCCUGGGUUGUGAUGUGAUGGCAAGAGAACGCAGCAACUUCGAGAGCUACUCCAUGUAUUAUGAGCAUGUGUUGGAGCAUGCUAGGCAGAAGCUCUGCCAGAAAGAACAAGAAUUAGAUCUUAUACGAAGAGGUUCGGGUCCUCCUGAAGACAACGCUGGUCAGGUUGCAGAGCUCAGUCAUAAUAUGAUCAUGGAAAUCACUGCUCUGAGAGCUCGACUCACAGAUUUGGAAGAAGAAAAUCUGAAUCUCAAAGAGAAGAUUAGAAAAGAAGUCCAAGAAGAAUAUGAAGCAUUAGUUCAGGCUCUGUUUGUGACAUGUUUAGACAUAAAAGAAAAACUGGAUGAGAAUCAGAUGAAUUUGAUCCAGAAAGUGUGUGAGCUCAUUGGCGAAGUAAGAACAGAAGGGAUUGACAAUAUGAAGGCCCUAAAGAAAAAAUGGGGCUCUGCCAGACCUGAUGAAGGAAUGAAAGAAAACCCAGCCAAAGAGCAGCUGCACGCCUUGGAGCAAGACAACUGCCGCCUGUCUGCCCUGGUGUGCAAAGUGAGGAGCCUGGGCCACUGGAGGUUGGCUGUGCAGCGGGCUCGCUUCCAGGGCCAGCUGAACAGGGCAGAGAAGGAAGCCAUGCAAAGUAAAAAAGAGUGUUUGAGCGUCAAGCUGAUGGCAGAACAAGAAGCAGUUUUACUUCAUCAGCAGUUAGGGGUGCUACGGCAGGCCCUGGCCGGGGCUCAGGCCGCCAACACCAGGAUGCGCAAGCAGCAGGAUAACCAGUCUCGAUUGCUGAGAGAGCUGCAACACAAAGUGACCGAGGAAGCUCGCCACAGGCAGCAGCUGGAUCUAAUGAAGGCCUCCGGCAUGGAGAAGCUCUUGGAAGAUGUGCGGCAAAAGGACCAGCACCUGCAGCUUCUUACUGAAGAGGCAGAGAGGGCUUCGAAACUGGGCCGGCUUCAGCAGAAGAGAACUCAGACAGAACUCCGACAGCUGAGAAGCCGGCUUGUCCAGGAACGCAGUGUGAAGCUGGAUGCUUUCCAGCGCAUAGAAGAGCUACAAAGUCAGCUUAAUGACGCUGAGCGAUUGUCUGUCCAGAUGAGCUCACCAGGCGGACUUAUAUCUCGGGCUCAGUACUCCCUGAGUUCUGCUUCCACAUCAUUCAGAUACUCCCAGCAACACCUUUUAAAGACUAAUCUUAUGAGCAGUAAAAUAACAAGAAGGAUUCAAAGGCCAGAAACUGUACCUAUUAAACACAAAAAAAGGAUUGCCAACGUCUUUCUACCCAGUGUGGUAGAAAAUGUUCACCUUUCAGCUUUUCAAGUUCACACGGCUCCAUCCAUAAUCCCAGAAGGACCCAACUGGUAAUCAUAUACCCUCCAAGUUUUCUUUCUUUUUUUCUUUUUUAAUGUUUAUUCUUGAGAGACAGUGAGAGAAAGAGCAUGAGCAGGGUAGGGACAGAGAGAGAGGGAGAC